CAUGGUAAGGCUUAGAAGCAAAUUAGCUCCUAAUGGUCAAAAGCCUGAAGGAGUUCCAGGCUUAUUGGGUGCGUGCCAUUUAGUCUACAAGCCAAAUGUAGAACAAGUUCAGCAGCUGUUGAACACUAUCAGAUGGAAUUUGGAGGAGUGCAUUAUUAUUGGAAAACAGAUAAAGCAAAAAAAAUAUGCUUUCUUUCAUUUGUCUAUAUCUUCACCACUUUGUAAUGUGGAAAGGACUAUUUGGCCAACAACUCGACACUAUGAAUGUAAAGAUUUUGGCAAGAAAGGUUUUAAAGACCAUUAUCUCUCUGCUGGUGCUGAUCGAAGAUUAUAUGACAAUCUUACAAACGUUAUAGACGCUUUAAAUAAAAUGAUCUAUUUAAGAACUACAAAGCAAUUAAACAAAUUUUGGGCUACUGUACUCUCAGAAGCAUAGAAAACCAUA